CCAUCAUUGGAAUGUAUUAAAUACACCACCACCCCCCCAUCGUUUGUCUCUAUUUGUGACGAAUAUGUGAGAAUGCGUUUUUCUCGCUCACUACUCCCCUGGCUGCAUUCUACGACCUCCAACCAGUUCAGCAGAAAAUGGGCACCGGCAAUUUCUCACAGGUUCACUGCUGGUCGUGUCUUUGGAAAAAAUGCCGACCCGCCAGAGGAACUUCUGUAUCCGCAGCCGUCCACAACGCGCCAUUCUGACCUCAAGUCAUUUUUGGCCCAUGCGGACCGCACAGGGCUCGACCCAAUGUCGACCGUCUACGUUGGCACCCACUACGAGUACACCGUGGCCUCGACGCUGUCGAGAUACGGCAUAGACGCCAAACGAUGCGGCGGUGCUUCCGACCUCGGCGUCGACCUCCUCGGAACCUGGAAAAUCCCCGUACAGGCGGAAAUUCAACCCCCACCGCUCCGCGUUAUCCUGCAGUGCAAGGCUUUCUCUCGCAGGAUCGGCCCCUCGCUUAUCCGCGAGCUGGAGGGCUCCUUCGUCGGAGCGCCCGUCGGUUGGCGGGGUGCCGGAGUUCUGGCCCUCCUUGUCACGGAAGGAACAGCUACAAAAGGCGUCCGGGAUUCACUGGGCCGGAGCAACUGGCCCAUGGGCUUCAUCUCGUGCUCAAGAGACGGCGUGGUCCGACAGAUGCUCUGGAAUAGGAGAGCGGAGGAAGAGGGUCUGGAGGGUCUGGGUGUCGGACUGCGUUAUACCGGAGCUGUCGAUAGCGAGCCUGAGAUUAUUUUGACAUACAAGGACAUGAACGUGCCGCUGCUAGAUUCCCCGACGUAAAACCCCAGGUUUGUCUCGACAUGGCAUAUGAGCUAUCUAAGGUGCCGGAUAUUAGGCGUCGACUACCAUCAACCCGGUUAAUUUUCUUCUCUUUUCGCUGGUCGCCAUACUCUCCUUGUCUUGGCAAUGUCUUCUUCGACUGUUCUGUCGACCUUGCGACCUACAUACCCAGACCAACCUUCGGGCCCGAGCCACACCACAUCCCUGCUCACAGAAACAACUAUGCGGCCGGUAUCGCCUUUCAAACUGCACUGGCAAGUUUGAAUUUCCGAAAGGCAGCUCAACGGGCAAGGCAUGGAAGUAAUGACUGGCGGAUGCUCGCUAGCAGCAUGCAGCUGUGGCAACUAAAAGCUGUUCGGCUCAUGGCCCAUUGGCCCAGGACGACGACAUACGGUAUAAGUCUCGGUUACUGAACUGGAGGCUCCAUGCCGAUGCUCGAUAUUCUUCGCGCAU